CGUAGAUUAAGUUUACUAAGAUUUAUGCCUGUUUUAAUAACUAUAAGUUUGCUUUUUAUAGCAGUUCGCUGGUCACACAGUGCAGAACUAUUAAGAUAAAUUGAUGCAGACUGGAGAACUGAAAAUGGAGGUUGGACUGCAUGGAUUCGUGGAGUAUCAUCCUGGGAACACAAAUAUUAUUCUGUCAAUCCCUCAUGGAGGGACCUUAAAACCGGAUUUUAUAAAAGACAGAGUACAUCCAGACCCUAAUGGUGAAUAUGAGGAGGGGGAGGAGGAGAGGAGAAGAUGUAGAUCUAGAACUAAAAUUGAUAUUUGUGCAGAUAAAUAUACUUUGCAGAUAGGAAAACAACUAUCGAAGGACUACACAGAUCUGACCAGUUUUAAACCUCAUGUUAUCCUUUCAAAUCUGCACAGGUCCAAACUGGAUCCAAAUAGACCGCAAACUGUAGCAUUAAGCUCAGAAGAUUCGGACAGUGAGAUAGCAUAUAAUGAAUAUCAUGAAUUCAUAAGAAAAGCCUCAAAAAAAAUUGGAGGGAGGGGCCUUCUUUUAGAUAUUCACGGACAAAACCAUAAACAGAAUAGUGUAGAGUUAGGAUACCUUAUUUAUAAAUCUGAACUUAAUGCUGGGAAGUACAGGAAAAGGAAUUCCAGCAUACUUAACCUUGCGAAAACAACAGGGUUAUCAAUAGAGGAAUUACUACACGGGGAUCUUAGUUUUGGAGCACUUCUAGAAGAAGAAGGAUACAAGGCAGUUCCAUCCCCUCGUCAGCAUGCUCCAGGCAAACAGAGAUAUUAUACAGGAGGGUUUAUUACACAGGUUUAUGGAUCAAGUAGAGGAGGGGAGAUAGAUUCUAUUCAGAUUGAGAUUCCUGGAGAGUCGAGAUUUAGCUCCAAAGUGAGAAAGAAAUUUUCAAGGGGUCUGGCGAAAGCAGUGCAGAAGUUUCAUGCAAGAUUCUACGCAGAUUAACAGUUUCAUAGUUAGUAAACAGUUAGCGCAGAUUAACAGUUUCAUAGUUAGCAAACAGUUAGCGCAGAUUAACAGUUUCAUAGUUAGCAAACAGUUAGCGCAGAUUAACAGUUUCAUAGUUAGCUAACAGUUAGCGCAGAUUAACAGUUUCAUAGUUAGCAAACAGUUAGCGCAAAUUAACAGUUUCAUAGUUAGCAAACAGUUAGCGCAGAUUAACAGUUUCAUAGUUAGCUAACAGUUAGCGCAGAUUAAUAGUUUCAUAGUUAGCUAACCGUUAGCGCAGAUUAACAGUUUCAUAGUUAGCUAACAGUAAGCGCAGAUUAACAGUUUCAUAGUUAGCUAACAGUUAGCGCAGAUUUACAAUUUAAUUGUUAAAUCAAUCGCCAUAAAAAUUAUUAUUAAUAAUAAUAUUAAUGAUAAUAUUAUGCAAAAUAUUAUUAAUUAUUAGUAAAUGAUAAAAUGUUAUUUCUGUUAUACAGAAUAAUUGAGCGUUUUUAAUUUACAUUUCGUAUCUUUGUUCAUUAGAAGAAAGUUGGUUCAUAUUUAGUUACAAUGUAAAUUUCUCAUAGUUUAAAAUUGACAAUUUUAUUUUGUCAGACUCAUUCCAAAAAUGAAAUCCUUUUUAGAGAAUUAAAAAUGUGCUCGAGUGUAAACAAUAGUAAAUUAAAGUUUUUUCAAAAAUUAUUACUUAUAAUCUACAUCAAACUUGUUUAAAGUGGUAAAAAAUAUAUAUGUAUCCAAGCCACAUAAUCCUUCUAUCUUAAAUCAGCUUGCGGUUUUUUUUGUUUUUAUACAAUCAAAUCUCUACAUGUUCUAACUUGUUUUUUUAAAUUGGAAUAAUUUGUAAGUAUUUGUAUUACCUUUGAAAUAAAUGUUUCUACCAAG